AUGGCCAAAGAACAAGUGGCAGGAAGCACCUCGCUUUCCGUCACGAUGUUCAACGACAUCACCAAGAGGAUCAACCACGUCCGAGAUGUGGUCGACGAUUUGCUGGAGCAGGAUGAACGAAGGAAUCCCGCCCCCAAACAGGCAGCAGGACCCUCCAAGACGGAGGUCGAACAAGAAUCGGGUCCGUCGCGGACCCGUGAACCCACCUCUGUGCCACAAUCCCCAAGCGCACCACCACCGCCAGCACCCCUCCCUUCCCCACCUCCACCUCCAGCAGCACCCAUUCUCCCUUCCCCUCCUCCACCACCGCCAGCACCUGUCCUCCCUUCCCCUCCCCCACCUCCACCCGCACCCGUCCUCCCUGCCGUGUCUGCGCCACCAACAGCGCUAUUCUUGCCCGGUUCGACUCCGGAAGCGCCUUUGCCCCCCCCAGCUGGCCGACCCUCGCUCCCACCGGUACCGCCCAUCCUUUCCCUGUCUCCACCACCCCCUCUCCCAGCUCCACGUCCUCGAAGUUUGACGUCAAAGGCCGCACCGUUGUCAAAGGGUGCACCAUCGUCAAAGGCCGCGCCAUCGUCAAAGGCUGGCCCAUCCUCAAAGGCUAAGCCAUUGUCAAAGGCUAAGCCAUCCUCCAAGGCUGGGCCAUCCGGGAAUGGACACUCAUCGGAGUUGUCUGAUCCCUCGGACAGCGACGAGGUUGAAAUUGUGGAGGAGGAGGAUGUUGAGAUCGUGGCGUCCACGCUGCCCGCGUCGAACAUAGCCACAAAGACAAGGGCUGGACGAAAGCGAAAGGCGGAAACGACUCUGGCUGAAGCAUCGCGCUCGCCCAAAAAAUCCAAGGCCCAAAAAAAGUAG